AUGUAUGAGCGAACUCUGGCCCGAGCUAAAACCUUGGUCUCAGUCCUGGCUUGGGUUUAUCCGGCCUUGAUUCUCACUGCAGUCAUGUUUUUGACUGCUCAACUUCCUUUAUGUGGGACUGAGAUACAAAAAGUCUUCUGUGCCAACUGGAAUGUGGUGAAAUUAUCCUGUGUUAGCACCACAGCCAACAAUAUUUUAGGCAUGUUUUUGUCCAUAACCACCAUUUUCCUUCCACUCUUUUAUGUUCUGUUCACCUAUUUACAAAUUGUGCUGGUCUGCUGGAAAAAAUCAGCAGAGUUCAAAGGUAAAGUGUUACAGAGCUGUUUGCCACACUUAGUUUCAUUCACCAUUUAUUCCAUUGUACUUUUCUGUGAUGUUGCCCUGAGUCGAUACAACGGUGAAGUUAUAAAUCCGUUUUUAUCUGUGAUUUUAUCUUUGGAGUUUGUUGUCAUUCCUCCGGUUCUGAAUCCUCUUGUCUAUGGGUUUAAGUUGCCAGAUAUUAGAAGACACAUUUCAGGGUUGAUUAUGAAAUAA